GUAGAGACGUCCCGGGGGAAAGCGUGUGCGGAGGGACAUACAAAAUUUACAUCCUCUGGGAGAGAAAUGACGUUAACCCCGCUAGUCUCAUCAUCUCAGUCUUGGGUGCUGAAGAAUAACGGAGAUCUCCACGUGCAGAAAGAGGACCUUCCCACACGGCUCCAGUGGCGGGCUAGCUCCACCCCCACAGGGCCCGUGACUCCGCCCUUCAGCCGCGGAGCCCCUCCCUCCGUCCUCGCUCAUUGGUGGGCCCGGGGGGGCGGGGCAGGCGGGCGGGGGGCGAGCUCAUCUCACUCCCUCGCGGAAAGCGCGCGCCGCCGCAGUAGCGAGGGGUCGAGUCGCUGGUUCGGAGGCGGCCGAAGCUGCCGCGAGCUUCUGAGGCGUAUAGGCCGAGCGAACAACCUGUUGGUGCUUAGACCCCUCUCGCAGCGGCGGGUCCCUCCACGUGCUUUCGGCGGCGACAUGGAACUAGAGGAGUUGGGGAUCCGAGAGGAAUGUGGCGUGUUCGGAUGCAUCGCCUCAGGAGAAUGGCCCACGCAGCUAGACGUGCCGCAUGUGAUCACUCUGGGGCUCGUGGGGCUACAGCACCGGGGUCAGGAGAGUGCUGGUAUUGUGACCAGUGAUGGGAAUUUGAUACCAACAUUCAAAACACACAAGGGAAUGGGUCUUGUAAAUCACGUCUUUACUGAAGACAAUUUGAAGAAAUUAUAUACUUCAAAUCUUGGAAUUGGACACACAAGGUACGCCACUACAGGAAACUGUGAAUUAGAAAAUUGCCAGCCUUUUGUUGUUGAAACACUUCAUGGGAAAAUAGCUGUGGCACAUAAUGGCGAAUUGGUAAAUGCUGCUCGCUUAAGGAAAAAGCUUCUGCGUCAUGGUAUUGGUCUGUCAACAAGUUCUGAUAGUGAAAUGAUCACCCAGUUACUGGCAUAUACCCCUCCUCAGGAACAAGAUGACAUCCCAGACUGGGUGGCAAGGAUUAAAAACUUAAUGAAAGAAGCACCCACAGCAUACUCUCUGAUUAUAAUGCACAGAGAUGUGAUUUAUGCAGUACGAGAUCCUUAUGGAAAUCGUCCUCUUUGUAUUGGUCGUCUUAUUCCUGUAUCUGAUAUAAAUGAUAAAGGAAAAAAAUCUUCAGAAACAGAAGGAUGGGUGGUGUCUUCAGAAUCUUGUAGCUUUUUAUCUAUUGGUGCGAGAUAUUACCGUGAAGUCUUGCCUGGAGAAAUUGUGGAAAUAUCCAGACAUAAUGUCCAAACUCUUGAUAUUAUACCAAGGUCUGAAGGAAACCCAGUGGCUUUCUGUAUCUUUGAAUAUGUUUAUUUUGCAAGACCAGAUAGUAUAUUUGAAGACCAAAUGGUUUACACAGUAAGAUAUCGCUGUGGUCUGCAGCUGGCAGUUGAAGCCCCUGUGGAUGCAGAUUUGGUUAGCACUGUCCCGGAAUCUGCUACGCCUGCUGCUCUUGGUUACGCAGCAAAGUGUGGGCUUCCAUAUGUGGAGGUGCUAUGUAAAAACCGGUAUGUAGGAAGAACAUUCAUUCAGCCAAACAUGAGGCUAAGACAACUUGGUGUUGCGAAAAAGUUUGGAGUAUUGUCGGACAACUUUAAAGGCAAAAGAAUUGUUCUUGUAGAUGAUUCAAUUGUGAGAGGCAAUACCAUCUCACCCAUAAUCAAAUUGCUCAAAGAAUCUGGUGCAAAAGAGGUACACAUUCGUGUAGCUUCACCACCAAUUAAAUAUCCAUGCUUCAUGGGAAUAAACAUACCAACAAAAGAAGAGCUUAUUGCCAAUAAACCAGAAUUUGAGCAUAUCUCAGAUUAUCUAGGAGCAAACAGUGUUGUGUAUCUGUCAGUAGAAGGACUGGUUUCAUCUGUACAAGAAGGGAUAACAUUUAAAAAACAGAAAGUGAAAAACCAAGAUAUUAUGGUUCAAGAAAAUGGGAAUGGUCUGGAAUGUUUUGAAAAGAACGAUCACUGUACAGCUUGUCUGACUGGAAAAUACCCUGUAGAACUGGAAUGGUAGCUGCAAAGGGCAGACAUGAUGUUUCAAAACAUAAAGUUGGUGGAGAAGUUGUAGUGGUUACACCUCCAUUUACUGUUACUCAGUUGGUACAGUGUGAAAUGCCACAUGCUCGUGUUAUGCUUUGAGAUUUUUUUUCUGAAAAGGGUACCAAAGUGCCAUGAUUUCUUUAGUAAUCCUAGAUAAAUAUUUUGGUAUUAUCUAGGAACUUGGAUGAUCCUUUCAGUUUUAUUUAGUAGUUUAGUACUUUUAUUUUUAGCGAUUGUAUACAUUUAACUUCAGAUCAUCAACACAAAUGCAACAAAUCAGUAAAUUUCUGUUUUAGAGAGGAUUGUCUGGUACUCUACUCUCCCACAGGUUCUUAGAGAAUUUUGUGGAAUGUUUGAGAGUUAUUAAAUUCAGUUAUGGCAUAUUUUCAUAAUUGAACCUUGCUAAUUGCAUAUCAUACAAUAAUAUGUGGUAUUUUUUUUUCACUCAAGCAUUGGCUAGGCUUUUUCACCUGGUCAGAGAAGGCAGGUGGUACGUGGCAUUUGCCAGGUCCAUGGUUUAAAGAGUUUGCAAGAGGUUAGACUAAGGUGCUGUGAUGCAAACAGGACAUGUGAGUUAAAUAUAACAUUUCAUGCAAACCUUGAAUCCAUUAUACCCCAAAGUUAUCUAGCAUCUUGAGUUCUUUUUAAAAAAAAAAAAGAAACAUACCUCUUUGUGCCUCACUUUCCCCACCUGUGCAGUGAGGUGCUUAUAUUAUUAAAUUAAAUAACUAGCAGCAGUUAUUUUGCUGGUUAAAGCCAUCAUUCCACCCCUCAGUUUUAAGACAGUGCAUUUUGAAAUGUUGGCUGUGGUCUGCAAUUGAGAUUUCAGAAAGGAGACAUAAACAGCAAUGAUUUGCACCCUUUCUUUGAGAUGCCCUAAGAAUGAUUGUAAAAACAUGCAAAAAAUUUUCCUACAUUUGACUAGAAAGUAUGAUCCAUACUACUUAGUGCCCUUAUAGUAAAAGCCCAGCAAGUAACCUAGUACAUUUGAAGUAAAAAAUAUUUUUUUAGAUUCUAACAAAACUUUUAUCAAUUUGAUUAUAUGCCUUUUUAAUGAAGUAAUUGAUCACUUUCAAACGUGUGUAUGCAAUGAGAUGAUCAAGUAGGCACACUGUAGGGGCCAAUUUUAAGGAACAAGGAGACAACAACUUUUUCCAGUUAGCGUGCUCAUCUAAUUCCAAGCAGCAACUUACCACUUUUUCUACUUUGUUUUAUUGGGAUCUAAUGAGUUAGAUUUUUUUAAGGUUUUUGUUUGUUAACGUCUGAGAUUUAAAACUUUAAGAUGACUUGCCCUCAACCCUUGUUUAUGUAAGGUUUUUAAAACAUGAAAGUGUUUGUUCCUGUGUUAUUACCAUGACUUGGUGUACAUAGUGUCCAAAUCCACCUAGAAUUGUAAUAUUUGUUAAUAACCAUAAUCUUUUGUCUUCAUUUGGUUUUUAGUUUCAUGUGUUGUAGCAUGGCAAACCAAGAGAAAAUCUUGACAGGUCUUUAAGCCCAUGUGCAGCAGGUAGCAGUGGGUCAGAUAACCCUGUGGUGGUGACACAAGCAAACUGGCAUUUGAAUAAAGCCCUGGGACUAUUUACGUAUACAGCCUCUUGUCUUGGAUGUAUUCCUCAUGGCAGCAUGGAGGAGGCAAGACCUAUGGGUUAUUUUUGAACCAGCCUUACUUAACAUUUGGAUUUUUUAAAAACAAGAGACUCAGGGAAAGCACUCAACCAAAAUCUCUGAUUUGACUUUUGUGUUUUAUUUUGUUUUAUUGAGAUGCUUUUAUAAAGGAGAAUGGUACUGUGACAGUUUGGUAAUUCUACAGAUUUCUUACUCUUUCUCCAUCAUGGCCUUUUAUUUCACAAGUUUCUGAAAUGUGAAUUACAAUUUUAUACCAGUGUAAUCUCAAAUGUUUAACUGCUUUAAAUUUAUAUAGGUAUUGUAAACUGCAGAGAAAAUGAGAAAUGUGUUUUCACAGGAUCUAUAUUGUGAACUGAAGUAAGUCGACUUUCGUGACUUCCUUGUGAUGCAUUGUUGACAAAUAUAUGU